AUGUUGAAGAAGUAUGUCAGACGGGUGGAGGAUGAUCACCCUACAACGGAAAAGUGUUAUCUGUGUAUUGUAGAUGAUGUAGGGACCAAGCUGAGAUCUGUUUGUGACAUUGAGCUCAUUGGUGAAUCUUUUGACUUUUAUUUGAAUGUAAAUCCGGAGUUAAGUGAGGAAAAGGUAGUUGAGUUAACUAAACUAAUGACUGAAUUUACUGAUGUUUUCUCAGAUGUUCCAGGCAAAACACAAACUGUCAUUCAUGAUAUUAAGUUAACUACUGACAUGCCUAUACACAAGAAGCCAUAUCAUAUCCUUCAUAAUUUUUUUAAAGCUUUUGAUGAAGAAGUAGACAGAAUAACAGCUGCCUCAGAUAUAGGUUUAGGUGCUGUAUUACUACAGAUGAUUGAAGGAAUUCUUAUGCCAGUGUCAUACGGCAGCAAGUCUCCUCUGGACCGGGAAAAGAGCAGCAACACCAUGACAAUCACAUCAGCAUCAGCACCACGACAAUCACACCAGCAACAGGACAACGACAAUCACACCAGCAGCAGCACCACAACAAUCACACAGGAAGCAGCACUACGACAAUCACAGGAACAGCAACACCACGACAAUCACACCAGCAGCAAUAGCACCACGACACUCACACUAGCAGCAUCAGCAGCAGAACCACGACACUCACACUACAGCACCACGACAAUCACAGCAGCACCGAUAAUCAUUGAAGCAGCAGCACCACGACAAUCACACCGGCAGCAGCACCACGACAAUCACACCAGCAGCAGCACCAAGACAAUCACACCAGCAGCAGUCACACCAGCAGAUGCGACAAUCACACCAGGCAACCACACCAGACAAUCACACCAGCAGCAGUCACCACGACAAUCACACCAGCAGCAGCACCACGACAAUCACACCGGCAGCAGCACCGAUAAUCACCAGCCAGCAAUCACGCACAACACAAUCACACCAGCAGCAGCACCGACAAUCACACCAGCAGCAACCACGACAAUCACACCAGCAGCAGAACCACGAUAA